AUGUGGUCUUCCGCGGCAGUGAAAAUAUUCAUCGCACAUUUAGCUUUAACAUUUUCAUUUGGCUCGACGCUUCGUUUAUACGGUGCUCCCUAUGAAGGCGUACUCCAUCGUAAUACUCGCCCAACAUUUUCUAAAAGUGAUUCGCGCGCAACUGGACGCAUUGUGGGCGGUGAAGUAGCGGCCGAAGCAUCUGCACCCUGGCAGGUUUCAUUACAAAACAUCUAUGGCAGUCACUUUUGUGGUGGUGCGAUCAUUAGUGAUCAGUUCGUUGUGACGGCAGCUAGUUGUGUGAGCGGACUGCAAAGGAAUUUGGUGAAAGUCAUAACGAGCACGAACGAAUGGAUGGGCUUAGCAUGGCAGUAUGAUGUCGAAAAAAUCUACGUGCAUUGCAAUUUUGAUAAACCACUAUAUUCAAAUGACAUCGCCUUACUUAAGUUGGCCACUUCCAUCGAGUAUGAUGAUCAGACGAAAAAUAUUACAGUAGCAGAUGAAGAUGAACUGGAAGAAGGUGAAACGCUGACCAUGACUGGCUGGGGUAGUUCGGUGGAGGGCGAAUGGUAUGAAGAUGAAUUGAAGGUACUUAAAGUGCAGUAUUUGCCUUACGAAAAAUGUCGCGCUGCUUAUGGCAAUUCGGACGAUGUGGAUAUGGGACAUUUAUGCACCAACUCGUCAGUGGGCGAAGGUGCCUGCCAUGGUGAUACGGGUGGGCCGCUUGUCGAUUCCCAGGGUAGACUUGUGGGUAUAGGUAAUUGGGGAGUACCAUGUGGGCGUGGCUUUCCAGAUGUAUUUGCUAGAAUUUCUUAUCAUGUAGAUUGGAUUCGUACAACUAUAAACGGUUGUAAUCCUACAUAA